AAACAUCCGGUUACUUUGAUUAGACUAGAACAGGAACAUAUUUUGUUGUCUAAAACAAACAUUUUUAUCAUUUAAUAAUCAUCUACGAAGUAAUGGCACAAACAACACUGUCAUUUAAAGAAAGAAGAACGUUAGCUCAGAGAAAGAAAGACGUGGAAGCAAUAAGAAGUCAACAUGAAGAUAAGAUACCAGUUAUUAUAGAACGCUACAUGAACGAGAAGAAUCUUCCCAUGUUGGACAAAACCAAGUUCCUGGUGCCAAGCAACGUCAACAUGAGUGAACUGGUCAAGAUUAUCAGACGGCGCCUUCAGCUGCACCCAACCCAGGCGUUCUACCUGCUGGUGAACAACCGCAGCAUGGUGAGCAACACGGCGCCCAUAUCUGAGGUCUACGAACACAACAAGGACGAGGACGGCUUCCUCUACGUCGUCUACGCGUCACAGGAAGUAUUUGGAGGACCGUAGCAAACUGAAUACAACUGUCACCAGUCGCAACGGAACCAGUUUUCUCACCUCUUGGCUUUUGAUCAUAUAAUUUUAAACCAAGUUUGCGGACCUCAUGGGUUUUGAUCACAUAACUUUAAACCAAGUUUGCUGAAAUCAUAGGUUUUGAUCAUGUAACUUUAAACCAAGUUUGCUGACUGUAUGGGUUUUGAUCACAUAAUAUUAAAUAUAGUUUGCUGGUAUUCUAUAAAUAAUAUAUUACGGUAUAUAUGCCCUUGAAAUAAACAAUUGUUUCCUUUUAAUCCUGUCACAUUUCCAGAGUACAUUGGAUAACUAAUGGAAGCGAGUUCUAAAGUGGAUAUUACUGUGUUAUGAAAAAUAUAUUGCUUAUAGUUAUCAUGCAGCAUAUAAGAUAGGGAUAUACAUGACAAGGGAAUUGAGCAUUUUUUCAAGGCAGAGACUGAAUUUUUUACUGUGCAAAUAAAAUUAUGUUAUUUGAUGACAAAGUUGGCUAAUACUUAUAGUGCUUAUAAAAGCAGAAUUGUGAGCACCCUGGAUAUUUUGUGGCAAAUUCCUUUCAUAACUCUUACCAAUAACUGCGGACAAUGCUUGGAUCAUUUUAUGAUUUCAUAUACCUUUCGGCAUUCACAACAACUUCUAGAAAAGAAUGUAGAAAAGGAAAACAACACAGCGUGACAAUUACAUUGUCUAACACAAACAGCAAUAAUAUGUUGGUAUAUAAUUAAUAAUUUAAGUGGUAUUUACAAAGUUAUAUUUCAAAAGUUGGAUUUCUAGUCUGGAAAAUGUUCUGAAGAUAUUGAUUCCUUGUUUUCUUUUUAGUAAUAUUUUCAGUAUAUUUGUUUUGAAAGCAUAACAUUAUUACAUUAAAAUGGUACACAGAUCUAUGAAAGUAACUGAAAUACACUUUGACAAAUUCUGACAUUAUUGAUAAGUCUGCUUUAAGAUAUCUUGUCAUUGGAAUUUGGCACUAAAUAUGUAUUGAAAUUAUGGUAAUGUGUUUUUUAAUGACACUUCAGCACAUUUUAAACUACCUUUGUUUCAUGUCAUACAUUUAUUGCGACAAGACUUGUUGAAAGAGAAAUCCUAACACACAACAAUUGAUCUGUUAUAUAUGCACCUUCCCCUACAGGAUAGCAUAUAUACCGUGACCUUUGAUGUACCAGUCAGCAUUUUAAGAUUACAUCAAUAAAGGUAAAAAAAAAAUCUACUGGGAUUUUAAUCUAGGUUAAUUGGUUUUACAUGUGAAUAAAACACCUCUGAUAUUAUGAGACUAAGUGGUUAAAGACACUGCAUGUCUUUAAACAAUUUAUCAUCUCAGUGUUUGGGUUGUUUAAUACUUUUUGUUAAAAUGCAGAGCAUUAAGUCAGGCAGCAAACAGUUAAGUCAGGUUGUUUUUAAAUAUAACCAAUCAUUUUCAUACAUCAGGUGUCAGGGUCACAUCUCAAUGGUUUUGGUCCAGUGUUUGAUUUUUGCUUGUUAUUUUAACAUGUUGUUGACCUCUUGGCAUACAGUGUAUCAGUUAUGGAUCAGGGCUAGCUCUGACACUUGCCAAAUUCACCAACUGCAAAGUUUAAAAACAAUUGGCAAAUUUUAUUUUAAUUUGGCAAAUAAAUUUUAUGUAAUAAUUGUUAUUUUAUUAGAAAAUAACUGGGUUAUGCAAUUUUUCAAGUUUAAAUAGAUCAAUUGGCAAAUUUUUCUGCUCAACCAGAGCUUGCUCUGUGUAUUAUUACAACACCAAAAACAUGAAUGUUUGAUUUAUGUAUAUAUGUAUGUAUACAUGUCUCUUAAGUUUUAUUCAAGAGGUGAUAUUAAUUAAAUCCAAUUGGCAGCCGACAUUUGGCUGACCACGUAGCUGCAAUUUAACACAGUGGUUAGCCGUGUAUGAGCCAGACUUGUGAAUUAGAGAAUAUUACCUCAAGAACAAAAAUAGCGAGAACAGGCGAUGUUCAUUGUAAAGUAUAUUUUACAUUUUUUAAAACGUUUGUUUCUUUGUAGCAAACUGUGAAGUUUCAUUUCAGUUUGUAGUCAUGUAAAAAACCACUUUUCACUGGAUCAUCUGACCUUAGAAGGUAGUACUUAUGUAAUCUCUGAAUUUACAGGGCUCAUCCUGUCCAUUGCCAAAUUAGCCAACUGCUAAUGUACAGUGACUCCAACAUUUCGUCUUUAGUUAAUACAAAAUUUCCUUAAAUUAACCAUAUUUUAAAUAAUGUUCAUGGAAAUACACAAUAUCUCUGAAAAUUGGCUAAUCCAAAAACAGUUCAGGAGAGAGCCCUGAUUUAGUUUCAGCUGAAACAAUUCUCUUAAUAUUGAAAAGAUUAACUAAAUAUCUUGCUAAGUGGAUAGGCAGUUGACAGCAAAUUAAAGGCAGGUGCAAUAUUCAUUUGUCUGCAGGCAUCUCAGUCAGGGCAGACUGGUUGUUGUAGUGAAAUUAAGUGACAAAAAUAUUUUCCCAGUGAAUUUAUUAUUAUAAUUGCAGCAGCUAGUGGAACUUUAUGAUUAUAUUUGUUAAUUUUAACAUAGUUGCCUUGUUCUAAGUGGACAACCCCUGUAAUUAAGAAAAUGUCUAUGGGGGGGAAAAAACAUGCCAUGCCAAAAAAUUGUAACAUAGUCCAUAGCAAAAAAGCGCCACGCAUAUCUCCACGGCAUUGCUGAUUGUCGUGGGUAAUUUACAGGGGUUGGUGAACUAAUCAAGAAUAUUCUGAAAAUAAUCUUACUGCGUGUGAAUACAUGGAUAACAUGUUUACCUUUGUGAAUGGUCAAUCAAAAUGCUUGAUUCACUAAAAACAAUGUUUCUAUCUACUACGUGUCCACAUUUUUGAAGGGUUGUUUGUUUAUUUUCUUGAAAUGUUUUAAGUCUUAAUGUGGUAAUAAUAAACUAGUUUUACAUUAGGUGAACUAGUUGGCAGAUUUGUUUUGUUAAUUUAAACUAUGGGAACAGUUAGAUGUCACUUUUAAACAAUGUGUAGGCCCAGUCAUAAGUCUUAUAACAUCGCAAUGUUUCCAGAUCAUUAUUUUCACCUUUUGUUUUUAUUGGUGACUAUUAAACUACUGACAACUAGUGUGUUAUUAAAGAGGCUGUCUGAAGUUUGCAGUCAUUGGAAUAGACCUCUGGGUCCAUAUUUUUGAAGCUGUAUUGGUGCUACAAAAUAAUUUUUCCAUCAUAAGUUAUGACAUCACUAUAGCCUACGAUGGUUUUACAAUUUCAUAGUGCUAAGAUAGCUUUGAAAAUCCCUAGCUUGAAUCAUAAAGGUUAUUUUAAAAAGUCCCAAAACUAAACAAAGGUAUUUACUUUACUUCAAAACACAAAUCGUGAUGAAAUCUGUUUUAAGAUGUUUUCUUUGUAACAUUGUAAUUUACUAUUACAUGUAAUCUAUUGGUGGUGAUAACGUUUCAAACACUAUAUACAAUGUACAGUACAGCGAAUCUUACAAAUGUCAUUAGUUGAGCUAAUUACUGGGCUGUUUUAUGGGUCAGCAUUUUUUUAUAAUUACAAAAAUAUAUGUUAAUUGUUUUAAUAUAGAUGAACAUGUUUGAGGUGUACGUGUAUAUUGCAUUUUUGGCCAUUUCUACUUGUUUUUGUUUUGUUGUGUUCUUGUUAUUAGCAUUUAUCUUAAGGUUAUUUUUAAAAGUUUAUUAUUUUUACAUUCAAUUUAAAAAUAUCUACGGAUAUAAGGAAGUAAUUUCACUAAUUAGCAUUCAGUUACCAUAUUAUUUGUACCUUCCAACAAGUAUUUCCAACAUUAACAAGAAUGUUUUGUUUUUUUAAUCUCACACAGGCUAAAUGUUUGUGUAAGUUCUACCAGUAUCCAUUUGGAUGUCGAUAGCUUUACAUCAUCGGAAUCUGUGACAAUCCAGUUGUUUUCCUAACAAAUUUUGCAAGUGAUUAGUGAAUUAGGAAUUUGAUGCUACUAUUUUAAUUAUUUGGAAAUGGAAUUAAUUAUAUUUUGUAAUAAGUGUGAAUAUAUUGGAUGUUGGACCAGAUGUUUGUUUGGUUGUUUUGGGGGUUUUUGGGGGUUGUUAUAGGAAUCAUUUAUGUGGAUAUUACAGGAAUUGGAUUCCCGGAUUCCUGUUCCAGAUUGAGCCCAGCCAUGUGGAGUGUAGAUAAAUUUAUUAAUUAUAGUUCAUUUAGUUUGUAGCUAUUUAAUUUUGAUAUGUAGGAAUAUAUUUGUGUAAAUUUUGUUUCAGAACUUCAGUGUUAAUUUCUCUGUGUAAAAAGUAAUAAAAUACAUAAAAGGUUUCAGAGCUAGAGGUGCACUAUAAGUAUCUGUACAUUUUUCUAUAACUUUUAACAUCGUUGUUGAGGGAAAGUUGUUCCACUAAACCACAAUGUUAGACGUCAAAUACAAAUCCAGAAUUAAUCAUGUUUGUAUUUUACACCAGUUGUGUGUAUAUCAAAGUAAAUUAACUUUUUUUUGCAUAAUCUUGAAGAUUUUAGUCCCUUCACAACAAUUAUGUAAUGCAAAAUCUUGCAUUUUAUAGAAUCCUCCAUCUCCCCUUACCAGCUGCCCCAUACAACACUUUGUACUGCAAACCUCUAAAAUUACACAAUAAUGUAUCACACCAAACUACAAAUACACAUUUUAACUUUUACUGCGAUAGAAAUUGACAAAUAUUACUAGGUUUUCUGUUUAUAUUUGUGUGUUGUUGUUGUUGUUUUUUUGUUUUUUUUGUUUUGGUUUGUUUUGGGGGGUUUUUUUUUUAAAUAAUUAAUUAUUCAUUUAACAAAAACAAAAAUAUCUAUACUGGAAUAAAUUGGCUAUAACUAGUUGUAUUCACCUAUCAGUUUAAAAUUACAUAAUGUUUUAUACAGAGCCCCUCCCUUCCCCAUAUAUUUUAUAAUCUAUCCCAUAACCCCUCUUCCUUAGAGCAUUACGUAACUGUAAUUGUUGAACAUCCACUUUAUAUCUAUGACAACAAAUACAUAGACAGUAUUUCGGUAUUUAUCAACAAAAAAAACUCUUUUUUUUUCAUUUUUAUUAUAUAUAUGAACUUUGUUGUUUUAUAAUACUGGUGAUGUAAACUACUAUUAUGUCAUAAAUAUAAUUAUUAAAGUAUUCUUUAAUGUUGUACCAACCAGUCGGAACAUUAAUUUAAUAAUAAACAAUUACAUGUACCUUGUGUUUGGGAAACUUGAAUACAUGUAAUAAAUAAAGAUGAAAUAAAUUUAAA